AUGGAAAUAUUAACUUUAUACCUGCACACUAUUAAUAUUCCAGUUCUGCAAAUAUAUUUUAUCAAAUCUAAUCUUAGCCUUGUGACCUUGAUUGCUCUCAAUAAUGGAAUGUAUGCAUAUGCCUUGGAAAGUUUUCCUUGUUCUGGCACUGUCAAGAGUGUGUCAUGGAGACCAAGUCAAGGCCGCAAUGAUGAUUUCGUGUUUGCAUUAGCAAUAUCCAAUAAAAAUACUAAUAAGGCUGUUAUUACGAGAUUUGUACAAAAUGGAAGUCAGAGAUACUUUCAUACCAUUGCUGAUAAUCAUAUUUCUCCAGACUGUUCUCCACUAGAUAAAUUCCGAUCAAAUGCAGAUACAUUCAAGGGAAUUAUUUUUGAUUGCGCCAACGGAGAAUUUGUCGAUUCAUUCUGUUGGCUUCCAAAAUUUCAAAACGGAGAUAAAAAUUUUAUUGCAGGAAUAGGGUCAAAAAUGAAAUUAUUCGACAUAAAAGAAAAUCCUCGUACGCCAACAAUUAUAAGCAGUAAAGCAACUAAUGGAAUCGUCGCAGAUCCAUUCUCAUCAAAUUAUGUUAUGGGUUAUAAUGACGAAUUUUCCUUAAUUCUAUGCACUUUUGUUCUUGGAAUGUUGGCGCGCCGAUUUCAAGUCUUCAGUGGUGUCCUUCCAGUGUUUUUAAAGGAUAGCUCUGUUGUUAAAGUUCAUGAUUUAUGCAGCUCUUGGGAAGAAAUGAAAUCUAAAAGCGUAAACAUUCUAGAAAAAGGUGUACAUUAUGAUACCUACGAAAAAACUACACAAUUAAGUUCUAUUGCAUCGGCUUCGUUUUGUAGACAUGCUGAGUUUAAUAGUUACUUAUUAGCUAUUGAUAACAAAGGAUAUCUUAAAAGUGUUGAUAUCAACAGAUUGAUUCCAAUGUCAUGGUCACCCAAUAAUGAGUUCAUCUGUGAUAAUAUAGAAAAAAAGAAGCCUAAAGGAGCGGCAUAUUUAAAUUUCGUAUCCAGUGAUAUAGCAACCAAGAUGAAUAACCGAGCAUGCAAGGAUUACGGCUUAUUUGAAUCAUUGAUAGAUGUUGAAAAUAUUUGCGAUGAACGAGAUCUCAAGACAUUUUGGUCGUGGAUUAAACAUAUCUUUAAACAUGAUUAG